AUGACACCGACGAGGACGGUGGGCUCCUCUCGCCACGCCUUGGAAUCUUGCGCCCUGCAGCUGCACGCCUGGAAGCCGUUCCAGCCGCAGAGCCCCGGGCACCAUCUGGAAUCGUCCAGGGCAAUCCUCACCAAGAAACCCUGCAGGUCCGAUCGAUCUACCGCCCCCAACCUCAGCGAUCCGCUUGAUUUCUCCAGGCUAUCCCUCCUCGACGAUCCCCCUCCGCCGCCGCUGCCGCAGCAGCAGAGGCACCGUGAAGAGGGAAUCGGCUGGUUCGCGAGGAAGCGGCGGCGGCGGAGAGGCGGUUCCCGCUCCGUCUCCGGUCGGAGCAGCGACCGCAGUGGGACCUGCCGCCGGUGCUGCUCGGUCGGAGGAGGGGGUGCGUCCGGGGCCUAUGCGACGUGCUCCGAUUUCCCCGUCGCCGCUGGGGGCACGGACUCCAGCGGCGAGCUGUUCGUCAACGGAGAUGGGAACUGGGGGUCGGAUGUCAGCGAGGUGAGGAUCUCAAGGAGAGAUAUCAAGGACGCCGGAAGCGGUGGAGGGGGGAUGGAUCGGGAGGCUUCGACUGCCGCUCCAUACCAGGGCGGCUUCGGUGUUCUGGAUUUACAGUGGAAUGAAUCCGGUUAUGGCAGCGAGACGGGUUACAGAGGCGAUGCUGAGCAUGGGUAUGGGGACGAGUUUGACGAGGAGGAGGACGAUGGACGGGUGCUGUUCUGGGGAGAUCAUUUUGGAGGUAACAAGAGCUAUUCACUCGUCCUUUUCAUGGUCCUUCUCACGAACUUUUCUGAACAAUAACUGAAUCUUCUUGUUCAUCAAUUUACCAUAAAAACAUUUUUUGGAGUUCUGCUCCAUUAGAAACAUCUUUAGAGUACCCAGAGAUUGACGGAAGAUCAUGAGAAGGUGGAGAAACUCACGUAGAUGAAAAGGGGGAACCCCACCAGUAGUUUACUGUUGGGUUUGAUCCUUCCAUGACAUGUGAAAUCAUACACAUUGUGAUCCUUCAAUCUAUGUUUUUUUAAGGGAUAUAUUUCUUAUCAUUACUUCCUCAGAAACUGACUCAUAUCUAUUAGCAUAUGGUUGUGAUGAAGUUAUCCCACCAUCAUUUGAGGAGGAAUAAUGAUUCAUAGGGCUAGUGAUGAAAUCUUGCAGGGAAUGACUGACCCGUACAGAAGAAAGUACGAGUGCCUUUUGCAAACUGCAAGGUUGUUAGAAUAAAUAAUCUUUCUUCCGAAUAUUUCAAUAUCCUUUUGGUGAGGGCAGACAAGGGGGAAUCCAAUGCACUUGAUCCUUCCAUGACGUGUGAAAUCAUACACAUUCUGAUCCUUCUAUCUGUGUUUUUUACGAGGUAUAUUUAUUUUUAUUACUUCUUCAGAAUCUUACUCGUAUUUAUUAUUGGCAUAUGGUUCUGGUGAAGUCAUCCCACCAUCAAUUGAGGAGGAUUAAUGAUUCAGGGGGCUAGUGAUGAACCCUUGGAGGGAAUGACCGACCAGUACAAAAGAAAGUACGAGUGCCCUUUACAAAAUGCAGGGUUGUUAGGAGAAAUAAUCGUUCUUCUGAACAUUUCAAUGUGCUUGAGGUGGGGGCAGACAAAGGGAAUCUAAGUGUAUUAAAAAAGACACCUGGAUUCGACAGAUGCUGGGGCUCAACCAGAAGUUUUCUAGGUGAUUGGCUGCAUUUCAUCAGCCACUAUCUCUGUUUUGAUAAAUGGAGAGAUUUGUGGAUUCGACAGAAGCUAUUCAUCUUCUUAUUCUCUUUGUUUUUAUUUGGAUAAAUUUUUACUCAAUGUGGAAAAAGGGUCGACGGUGCUGAUUUUAUGGUUGGUAAUCCAGUCUGGAAAGCAAGAACUCAAUCAUCUGAACGAACGUGGGCUCUCUCCAAUUGUCUCUUGAGUAUCCAGCAGAACGGAAGCCGGUGAUAAUUUUUUUCUUUCGGUACAGAAAGUGAAGGUUUUUUUACUAAAAGUGGAAAGUGUGUGCAUGAUGAAAAAUCUAAUGGGGGAUUUGGAGCCAGAGAAAGGAGGAAGGGUUGUGAGAUGAUAGUUGACCACAUUAAUUCAUCAGCCUGGAUUUAACUUCUCAUGUGGGGAUUUACAAAACCUUGUGCCGCUAGAUGAUCCAUCAUCCUUUUUUUUUAAUUCCUUAUAUGGGUAUUUCUUCGCUAGAUAACAAAGCAAGUGCAGUCAACGAGCCUUUCCUUAUAUAGUAGCGGUAGUUUGAAAAUUAGAUCUAAGUCUCAGAGGAUAGAUAGUUCAGGGUUGACCAUGUCUAAAGGUACUGACUUAGGUUCCAGUUGAGAUGAGAUCACAUGUGGGGAAGGGAAAACCGAUUUCCACAUGCCUCAUCCAAUUCGGGAAAGGUUGACCCUGAGAACAUGCACGUUGUUUCUAGUUUAGUUCAUGAAUGGUCUGCUAUUUACUAUUUUUGCAAGGGAUGCUGAUCUGAUAUGUGUUCUUCAAGGUGACGGUGACGGUGUGGGGGAGAAGAUUACAGGGGAGAGCAGCUUCUCUGAGCAGAAGGUUCACCACAGAUGCAGGAGGAAGAAGCACGACCCGGGGUUGACCGAACCCAUGAGAUGA